UUAAUUAGCCUUCUAUUCGAUUUCCUAUAUAAUAAACAGAGGAGUCAACAGGAAACACUUCAAUUUCAACAAAAGCAACUGGAGAAGAAACAAGUUCAAUCCCCCCGAGAUGGGUGACGGUAUUAUGGGGAAAUUUACCGCCUUUGGUGAACGUCUCAAGAUCAGCGGCUCAGAAAUCAGUCGAAAGAUGAAGGAGUUCUUCCGAGGUCAGAGUGAGGCAGAGAAGAUCAUCGAAGAGGCCACCGCCGAGACCUUAGAGGGACCGGACUGGGCUACUAACCUCAAAAUCUGCGACACGAUCAACGGAGGAAGUGUUAAGGGUGGCGAGUUCGUCCGAGGAAUCAAGAAGCGGAUGACGUCGAAGAACGCGAGGACCCAGCACCUCGCCUUGGUCCUGCUUGAGGCCUGUGUUAAGAACUGUGGCGAGGGCUUCCCUGAGGUUGCUGCCGCGGGAGUGGUCGAUGAGAUGGUGAGGUUGGUUUAUGAUCCCACGACGGUGGUGAAUAAUCGGGAGAAGGUUCUUGUUUUGAUUGAAUCGUGGGGGGAGUCGGGGGGUGAGCUUCGGCACCUGCCUGUGUUUGAGGAGACCUACAAGAGUUUAAAAUCUCGGGGCAUACGUUUUCCUGGUAGAGAUGAUGAGAGUUUGGCUCCGAUAUUUACCCCGCCUCGUUCAGUUGCACAGCCAGAAUCUUAUGCCGAUGCAGCUAGUCAGGCUGAUCAUGAUGUCCCUGUUGAGAGUUUUACAGCUGAGCAGAGAAGGGAAGAGCUUGAUGUUGCUCGAAUCAGCUUCAAAAUUCUUUCGACCGUGUUAUCCUCUUCCCUUCAGCAUUUUGUAUUAGGGGAUGACUCGAUGACAUUCCUCAUGCAACAAUUCCGACAAUGUCAACACACCGUCCAGAGAAUCAUAGAGACAGCCGAAGACAGCGAAGCUGUACUGUUCGAAGCACUGAGUAUCAACGACGAACUUCAAAAGACAAUCUCCAAAUACGAAGACCUCAAAAAACCUCUAGCUGCCCAAACCAAGCCAGAGCCUGCAGUGAUCCCGGUAUCAGUUGAACCUGAAGAGUCUCCUCAGUUCAGUAAAGGAGGAGCUAUCGCGGGAACGCCAGCAGAUUCUCCAGCAAGAUUAGGAGCAGACGACGACUUGAUGAACGAACUCGACGAGAUGAUUUUCGGGAAGAAAGGGGUGGGCUUGUCGGAGGAUCUCAUCUUAUUUUGAGAACGUCAAGAACUUGGAACCGCUUGGUUUCGUUUUACAGUUUCUUUCAACUUUUUGUUCAGACAGCAGCAUCUGCUAAUUUUGUUUACAAGACAGGCGGCUUGAUUGUUGAAACCCGUAGUUUUGUCUACUAUACAUGAGAAAAUUGAGCGAAAAUAGCUUAUAUUUGCUUUUUUGUAUGAAAGUUGAUUGAUGUGUCUGCCUUCUGAUAAAUAGAGGAGGCAUGGGAGACUUGAUGCUAAGUAGAUUCAGGACUUGUUUAGAUUUUGCAACCAACAAGGUAUCAGUAUAUAACUAUUUCAAUGACUGAUGGGUCAGUUUGUUU